AUGGGUACUGCUUUGUGCCUGGUGGUGCUGCUACUGCUGCUUGUCAAUGCUCCGGCUUCUGAGGCAGCGGACGACGACGACGAGCAGCUGCUGGAGCGGUUCAAGGAGGCGGUACGCAACCGCGGGGAGCUCAGGGGAUGGACCCGCGGCGACGGCGCCUGCAGGUUCCCCGGAGCGGCAUGCGUCACGGGAGGGAGGAGCAUCGUGUCGCUCUCCCUGGUGGGCGUCCAACUCGACGUUGAUUUCAGCGCCGUCGCCGGCGCACUGCUGCAACUGGGUGGCGUCGAGGUCGUCAGCCUGCGAGGUGUCAACGUCAGCGGCUCGCUCGGGAGCGGCGGCGGCGGCGGCGCCGGAGGGUGGAGGUGCGGCCAGAAGCUGGCUCAGCUCGACCUGUCCGGGAACAUCAUGCUGCGUGGAUCCGUUGCUGAUGCUCGCGCUCUCGCCGGCGCGUGCGAAGGACUGCGGGAGCUGAACCUGUCUGGUAACGCACUCGUUGGCGGUGGCGGUAACGGCGGGAAGGGAGAUGGCGGGGACAUCUUUGCCCGCCUGGAUGUCCUUGACCUGUCAGACAACAACAUCACUGGCGACGGCGAGCUCAGCUUGAUGGGUGGUGUCCGCCGGCUGAACCUCGCCGGGAACAAAAUCUCAGGUGCUCUCCCGGUCCCGGUAUUCCCCAAUUGCUCCAGAAUGGAGGCACUUGAUCUGUCUAGAAAUUUAAUCUCCGGUGAGGUGCUGCCUGGGGUCCUGUCUGGCUGCACUGCUCUUGCUUCGCUCAACCUCUUCAGCAACCACUUGGAGGGCGCUUUCCCGCUGGACAACGCGUUCCCGGCGCCGCUCUCCUACCUCAACCUGUCGAACAACAACUUCUCCGGUGAGCUCCCUGCCGAUGCAUUCAUUGGGCUCCCGCGUCUCUCGUCGCUCUCUUUGUCCUUCAACCACUUCAGCGGCGCCGUGCCUGACUCUCUAGGCAGACUUGCCGAGCUCAGGGUGCUGGACCUUAGCUCGAACGCGCUCGCUGGAGCUAUACCGCCCUCACUCUGCCCGAGUACCGGCAACAAGUCCAAGCUCGAGGUGCUCUACCUGCAGAACAACUACCUCACCGGCGUCAUCCCGCCGACGAUCUCCGACUGUGAAAGCCUCGAGUCUCUAGACCUCAGCCUUAACUACAUCAAUGGAUCCAUCCCCGCCUCCCUCGGCAGCCUUAGCCGGCUCCGGGACCUCAUCCUGUGGGAGAACAAACUGCAGGGUGAGAUCCCCACGUCGCUAGCCAGUGCUCGCCGACUCGAAAACUUCAUCCUUGAGUACAAUGGUCUCACAGGCAACAUCCCAUCGGAAUUUGUGAACUGCAAGAACCUGAGAUGGAUAGCGCUCGGAAGCAAUCAGCUCUCUGGAUCGGUGCCGGCAUGGCUGGGGCAGCUAGACAACCUUACAAUCUUGAAGCUCAACAACAACUCUUUCUCAGGGAAGAUACCGCCGGAGCUAGGAGACUGCAAGAGUUUGGUUUGGCUGGAUCUGAACGACAACCAGCUUAGUGGAUCGAUUCCACCGGAACUGGCAAAGCAGUCCGGCAAGAUGAACGUCGGCCUCGUCGUCGGGCGGCCAUACGUAUACCUGCGCAACGACGAGCUGAGCAGCAAAUGUCGCGGCAAGGGGAGCUUGCUCGAGUUCGCCAGCAUCCGUUCCGAAGAUCUAAACAGGAUGGCUAGCAAGAAGCUGUGCAACUUCACACGAAUGUACAUGGGCAGCACACAGUACACUUCCAAUCUCAAUGGCUCCAUGAUAUUCUUGGACCUGUCAUUUAACAAGCUCGACUCCGAGAUACCCAAGGAACUUGGGGCGAUGUACUAUCUGAUGAUCAUGAAUCUUGGGCACAAUAUGCUUUCUGGUGCCAUCCCAGACGAGCUUGCAGGUGCCAAGAAACUGGCUGUGCUUGACCUGUCACACAACCGGUUGGAAGGCCCAAUCCCCACUUCAUUUUCAUCACUAUCAUUUUCGGAGAUUGAUCUAUCAUACAAUAGGCUGAAUGGGUCAAUACCGGAGCUGGGAUCCCUUGCCACUUUCCCGGAGAGCCAAUAUGAGAACAACUCAGGCUUGUGCGGUUUCCCUCUGCCUAUGUGUCAACCAUCUUCUCAGCACCACCCCCCACUAGUAAGCAACACCUUCAGUAAUAAGUACCAUCUGAUAAAAAUCCUACUCCCAACUAUCACACUAGUUUUUGUUGUUAUUGCUAUUUUCUUAUACUACCAAUCGAUGAGAAACAAACUCAAGAAAAGCAGGAUCAAAGCUUCCGAUGAUCCGACAGAUCCAGCAAACCAUCAGUUAAUCUCACAUCUUGAGCUUGUGCGCGCCACUAAUAAUUUCAGUGAAGACAACAUGUUGGGAUCUGGAGGGUGUGGAAAGGUAUUCAAGGGACAGUUGAGCAGUGGUUUGGUGGUUGCAAUUAAGGUUCUUGACAUGCGGUCCAAGCAUGCCUUUAGAAGCUUCGACGCAGAGUGUCGUGUGCUUCGCAUGGCGCGGCACCGCAACCUGAUACAAAUAGUCAACACAUGUUCUAACAUGGAUUUCAGAGCGUUGGUGUUAGAGUACAUGCCCAAUGGUAACUUAGAUGCACUACUUCACUUCUCACAAGGGGGCGAGAGACAAUUCGGGUUCCGUCAGAGGCUGCAGGUUAUGCUCGAGGUGUCGAUGGCAAUGGAUUAUCUACACCAUGAUUACCAUGAAACUGUUUUGCAUUGCGACUUGAAGCCAAGCAAUGUGUUGUUUGACGAGGACAUGAUUGUGCAUGUGGCUGAUUUUGGCAUUGCAAGACUACUACAAGCUGAUGAUAGCUCUGUGUUCUCCUUGAGCAUGCAUGGCACUACUGGGUACAUGUCACCAGAGUAUGGGUUGUAUGGGAAAGCAUCACGAAAUAGCGAUGUAUUCAGCUACGGAAUCAUGCUCCUUGAAGUCUUCACUGGAAAGAGGCCGACAGAUGCUAUGUUUGUUGGAGGACUGGGCCUUAGACGAUGGGUUCACCAGUUAUUUCAGGCGAAUCAGCUUGUCCAUGCCGUGGAUAGACGGCUGCUGCAAUGCUCCGACAUGGACAUUGGUUUUCUUGCCCCAAUACUGGAGGUUGGUUUGCUCUGCUCCAGUGACUCGCCACGCGAUAGGAUAACGAUGAGCGAUGUAGUCUUGAGGCUGAACAAGAUCGAAGCAGAGUAUGCUAAAAAUACAACAUCUACUUCAGGAAGUGCGUCACAGUGA